AACAGCUGGAGCAGAGGAAGAGUGCGGUGUUAUGAAAGGUUUACUUUAGUCUUUGGGCACGGAAACAAGUGUUUUAUUCUGAUAUUAUGAGUGGAAACAUUUAAUUAAGACGGCGAAAGCCACAUAACGAUUCACGAGUCAAGUUUAUGGGAAAAUCGGAGAUCAUGUCUGCCAUCAAGAUUGCCUUACAGCACAAUCAGAGUCGUGCAAAAAGAAAAUCUGGAGAGAUGUCCACAGAAGUGUCUCCUGACUCAAAGUGCCCCAUCUGUUUGGACAUGUUUAACAACAUCUCAUACUUGGACCUUUGCCUACACAAGUUUUGUUUCCGCUGCAUUCAUGAGUGGUCCAAGAACAAAGCGGAGUGCCCACUAUGCAAACAACCUUUUAAUUCCAUCUAUCAUAGUAUCAAAUCAGAGCAAGACUUUAAGAAGUUUGACUUGAAGCCUGCAGACAACGGCUCUUUUGGGACAUUUGGAGGCGUACGCUUUAGAUAUCGCACAACUCUCACAGGGGUCAAUCGACAUAUGCAGAGGACAAUCGCACCACCUGAAAAUGGAGUCAUGUUUGAGACGACAAACCCCCCACCACAAAGGCAAGACCGCUACAUUCGCCGCAUCAUGACAAAGCUAGCUGCUCAGAGGAGAGCAGCAAGUGAAGGAAGAUCUGUUAAUACUUUGAGAGAACAAGAAAUGAUCAACUUUAGGAAGGAACUGUACCGUCAAGGUGUGAGGGUCCGAGGAGUGCGAGACGGUGGCCGAUCUCGAGAUACAUCUGCUGAGUUCUAUAGGAGAAAUCCUGCCUGCUUACACAGACUUGUGCCUUGGUUAAAAAGAGAACUGAUGGUGGUGUAUGGGGCUCAUGGCUCUUUGGUCAAUAUAGUACAACACAUUGUCAUGUCGCGCAUCACUCGCUAUGAUGUGGAAGAUGGCGCUAUGUUAGAAGAACUCAGGCCGUUUCUUCAGGGUUGCACUGAACACUUUCUGCACGAGUUCAUCAGUUUUGCCAAGUCGCCAUUUAAUAUGGAAGCCUAUGACCAGCAUGCGGUGUAUGACUACCAAGGUCCUUCAUCCACGGAUGAAAACAGCUCUAACUCCUCUGUUAUUGCUUUAUCAGAGGAUGAGACUCAGUCAGUAGAGCUGGACCCUCCAGGAGACUCUAACUCCACCAACAUGAGUCACUCUAUGUGGGACGACGAGACGCCCGGGCCCUCCUACUCCACCCAGUCAGAGCCCAGUCGGGUCGAACAGCUCUCACUGCCACAUUCAGACUCUGACAGUAGCGUGGAAGAAGGCCGGGGCUUUCAGGCCCCUGUGGAAACGGUAACCCGUCUUAACCAAAAAGAAGAGACUCCGCAGAAUGAGUUAUUUUCCUCUGACAGCGAGGACUGUGUAAUAGUAGGCUUUGUCAAACCCACUGCCGAAAGGACUCCAGAGCUUGUACAACUUUCUUCAGACUCCUCAGAUGACGAAGAUAAUAAAGAAAACCCCAGUUUGCGGCAACACAUUCGUUUUACAAGUGUCAGUCCCGCGGUAUCACUAAGUAGUGGUCCUGUUGAUGAUGGACCCUCAGAAGGGGCAAAUAUUCCUCAACCAAAUGUAAAAGAAAGGCACAAGACCUCAUCAUUGACCAGUCAGAGGAUGCAUACACCUGAAAAGAGAAGCAAAGAGGCACACAAAGAUGCACGAAUCUCUAAAUACAGGGCACAGAGAAUGAAGAGAAGAUCCCGAAGCAGAGAUCGAAGGACUCCAGAAAAAUCCUACAGCAGAGACAGGGGUCAUUCCCACUCUGCCUAUUACUCUUAUUACAAAAGGAGGGACAGCCACAGCACAUAUACACACAGCAGUCAUUCAGGGAGCCAUCAUUACUAUGACAGAGAUGGUUGGCAUAGCAGAUACACCCGGUCUAGGAGCCGAAGUAGGGAGAGGCGCCGUGACAGAGGACGUUCGAAAUCUUAUUCCAGUAGCCGAUCCCCUUCUGUGAAAAUAAAAUCUCACCAUGAUAAGCCCGGUGGAAAGAGGAAAUACAAAACCAGGCACUUGGAGGAACCUUAUAACAACACUACCAAACGUGAUUUGUCAAAACAUAGAAAAAAAAGCAAAGAUAAAGGUCAGGAUGUGGAGCUCCAUUCUGAAAACUCACCGGAGAGGAGUAGACGGCACCGUAAGAAGAAAAAGAAGCACAAGAAGAAAAGCAAAAGGCACAAGAGCAGUGACCCUAAAGAGAAGACUGUGCUGAACAUCAUCUCUGUUGACAGUGACAAUUGUGCGGACGGGACUCAGGACAAUAGCACUAACAACUCUCCCAGUAAAACCUCACCAGUGCCCACUCUUCCGGACACCGAGGCAGUGUUGUGUUGACUUUAAAAUGUGAAAGCCUGCCAAAAGUUUUUAAGUUCUAAACAUGUUCCAUCACCUUGUUUAGGGCUGGGUCAUAUAAUUUACAAAUAUCUUGGAGACUUGUUUAAUAAUUGCUUUAAUUGGUGUUUUAAUUAUAAGGAAAGUGCCACUGUAAACAAAACUAUGCUGUUAAAAAGUUGCUUUUUUAAUGAAUUUUAUUUGCAUUAUUUGAUCAUAUUGCAGUUGAAUUAUACUAUUAUAAAGUGGUGAUGGAAAGAUCGCAAAUUUUGUUACCUCAGCUGUUUAAUCUUGGGAUAAGUUUUACUUUACAUUAACAGCCACUGUUUGGGGAUAUCUGAAAAACUGUGUUUAUAUUAAAAUUUAUAUUUGUGAUAAAUUAUCCAACUGC